UUUCCGAAUAAAAACGCUUUAGAAGGGCGAACAAGGUGUGGCUGCAAUCAACGAGAGGCUUGCGCCAGUAAAGAAUGUCAUCUAUUAUUUUUCAUACUAUUUCCUUUUAAUAUUUCAGUCAUCUCUUACAGGAUGCUUUGGUAAUAUCUUCUGCAGCAAUUAGCUUUGAAGGAAUCUUAGUUAGAUCAAUCCUUGACAUGCAUAUCCUCCUCCUCCUCGUUCUUACCAUAAUCCGCCUCGCUGGCUCAAGCCCUCCGCUGGAUCCGGUAUGGUGCUCGAAUGGCAUGUCCGAUUGCACCGUCACCAACGCUGGUGGCUCCUUCUCGGACCGCGGCAUCUGUCGCGCGGCCAACGCCGCCUACCCACGCACGGAGCAGGAGCUCCUUGCGGCCGUGGCGGACGCGGCUGCGGCCAAGCGGAAGGUGAAGGUCGCCACCAGGUACUCUCACAGCUUCACGCCGCUGGCCUGCCCGGGCGGCCGCGACGGCACGGUCAUCAGCACCCGGUGGCUGAACCGGACAGUGCGGAUCGAUGCCCAGAAGCGGCUCUUGACGGUGGAGAGCGGCAUGGUCCUGAAGGACCUCAUCCGAAUCGCCGCCGCGGCGGGGCUCGCCCUGCCGAACUCACCCUACUGGUCCGGCAUCACCAUCGGCGGCCUCCUGGCGACCGGCGCCCACGGGAGCUCUCUGUGGGGCAAGGGGGGCGCCAUGCACGAGUACGUGGUCGGGCUUAGGAUCGUGACGCCGGCGCCAGCAAGCCAUGGAUUUGCCGUGGUUAGGGAGCUUGGAGCUGACCACCCGGAUCUGGACGCUGCCAAGGUCUCCCUUGGUGUUCUUGGUGUCAUAUCUCAGGUCACUCUGGCGUUGCAGCCUCAGUUCAAACGGUCGGUCACGUUCGUGCCGCGUGACGAAUCGGACAUGGCGGAGCAGGUCGCCCUGUGGGGCGCCCUCCACGAGUUCGCCGACAUCUCAUGGCUGCCGCAGGAUCGCAAGGUCAUCUACCGCGAGGACAACCGCGUCGACGUCUCCACCCCGGGAAAUGGUCUCUUCGACUUCCACGCCUUUUGGUCGCUACCAGCCGACCAGAUCAUCGCCAUGGGAGUUGAAGAGAGGCGCAUGGAGGAGAACGGCACCGGCGCCGCCCGCUGCUCGGCGACGAAGUACGAGCGGCAGGGGCACGGCUUCACCAACGACGGCGUCUCCUUCACGGGGUACCCGGUGGUGGGAUACCAGCACCGGAUGCAGGCGUCCGGCGCGUGCAUCGACAGCCCCGACGACGGACUCCAGACUGCCUGCUUCUGGGACCCGCGCAUCCGGGGCCCUUCCGCCUACAACUCCGGCUUCAGCGUCGCGCUCUCCAGGGCACCGGCGUUCCUCGCCGACGUGCAGAGGCUCCGGGACCUCGACCCGACCGCGUUCUGCGUGCUGCACAGCUCCAUAGGCGUGUACAUGCGCUACGUCAGGGCCUCCUCCGCCUUCCUCGGCAAGGCGGAGGACUCGAUCGACGUGGACCUCGUCUACUAUCGGAGCGACACGCCCGGCGUGCCCCGGGCGCACGCCGACAUGGUCGACGAGCUCGAGCAGAUGGCGCUGCACAAGUAUGGAGCCUUGCCGCAUUGGGGCAAGAACCGCAACUUCGCCUUCGAAGGUGCGAUCGCCAAAUACCCCAAGGCCAGCGAGUUCCUUAAGGUCAAGGACAGGUACGACCCGGACGGGAUCUUCUCCAGUGAAUGGAGCGACCGGUUGCUGGGCAUCAAGGGCAGCCCCAGCAUCGUGGAGAAGGGCUGCGCCAUUGAAGGUCUCUGCGUCUGCUCCGAUGACUCGCAUUGUGCGCCGGAACUGGGCUACUUCUGCCGGCCGGGAAAGGUGUACACGGAGGCCAGGGUUUGCAGGUUCUACACCCCUGCCACGCGGAUUAGUGAUGAACUAUGAUCCAACCCAAUGCAUGCCAACUAGAGAUACAUGUCAUGGAUUGUUGGGUUGAUCCGAGCUAGUAGAAUGACAUUCUACGUAAUUAGUUUGAAGGAACAAACUAAAGUGACAUGGUAUCGUAAUUAAUCAGCUUAUCUAGAAAACACUAUUGAUACCCACUUGAAGAAUCCCUUAUGCCGAGUUCUAAUCUUUGUUACUUUCGAUGUUAAUUCACUGCAUUUAGAGUGCUGGGUAAAUAAUGCUAGCGGCAAGUAACGUGUUUCAUUCGACACAAAUGUGAAGCUGGCUCUGUACACUCUGUUCUACUUUAUUUAGGUAUGCUACACAGUACGUACAAUGAAUAUACUUUUUGACAUUGUAAGGGGCUGUCUCCGCACCCCACACCUCAA